AGGCGGGCUCGCUCAGCCCGCUGGCACUCAGCCCGCGCACCUCGCUCGAGCUCGGCCCGCGCACCUCGCUCGAGCUCGGCCUGCGCGCCAAGCGGCCCCUCUCGGCGUCUCCGUUCCCACUGGAGGCCGUGGACGGCCCGAUCCGCGGACCGGCCAACUCUCUGCAGGUCGAGCCGGCCCCCGGUGUCGGCGGCAACUACGGCCACGCGCUACGGCCGGUCGGCGGCCAGCUGCCGCCGUUCCAGUCUCUGCGGCCGGCGGAGGCGGCCAACUGGCCCUCAGAGGCGGCGCACAACAACUACAUGGUACUGCCGCAGAGCCAGUCGCACCUGCUCAAACAGGAGCCGGUGGAGCACGGACAGCUGCUGCGCCCGGAGCCGAUCGGUCAGACCCAGAUACUGCGACAGGAGCCGCUGGGGCAGACCCAGCUGCUGCGACAGGAGCCGGUCGGCCAGACCCAGAUGCUCAGACAGGAGCCGGUCGGCCAGGCGCAGCAGCCGCCACGAUACGAACUGUGCACCGGCCAGGGGCGCGACUCGCCGCUGCAGGACCGUCCGUUCAGGCAGUACUCUGCCGAGCUGGCCGGCUGCACUUUCAAGCAGGAGGUCGAGUCGAGCCAGUCGCCGUUCUCCGGCAGUUACGGCAGCGGCGCGGCGCUGGAGCCGGCGUCCACCAGGGCUCAGUCUCCGCCGACCGCCGGUCCUCUGCCGUGUCUGUGGGCCGGCUGCGCGCUCCAGUACGACCGGCAGACGGCGCUCGUCAAGCACAUCGAGAAGGUGCACGUGGACAGCCGCGGCUGCGACGAGUACACCUGCUACUGGGCAGAGUGUCCGCGGCAGCAGAAGCCGUUCAACGCGCGCUACAAGCUCAUGAUUCACAUGCGCGUCCACUCCGGGGAGAAGCCCAACCUCUGCACGUACGAGGGCUGUAAUAAGGCAUUUUCCCGGCGUGAGAAUCUGAAGAUUCAUCUUCGAUCACAUACUGGGGAGAGACCCUAUAACUGCGAGUUUCCCGGAUGUCCGAAGGCCUUCUCAAACAGUUCGGACCGAGCCAAACACCAGAGGACGCACAAAGACGCUAAGCCAUACAUGUGCCAGGUUCCCGGGUGCAAUAAGCGCUACACAGACCCCUCGUCGCUGAGAAAACACAUCAAGAACCACACGGCGGCCGAACAGUCGGUCUCACGACAAAAGUUCCAGGUGGAGCUGGCAGAUAUUGUCAGUUACGAAGGCCCUCCGGAGCAGUGGUACGGCACUGAGCAUCAGCACCAGCACCAGCACCAGCCUCAGCACCACCAACAGCUUCAGCACCAGCCUCAGCACCAGCCUCAGCUGUCCGAACAGCAGCAGGGAGACUGGCGCUGUCAACCACAAGUGGGCGCCGCUGCCGGCACUGCCGCCUGGUGGUGGGACGCCGCACUAACUGACGCCCUGGAAGUUCCAGAGCUACUGAACUUUCCGAACGACCAGACCGUGCUGCAGUGAGGUGGCAGCGCCGGCGGUCGCUUCAAGUUGGGUUGCGGAUCACUGAUGGCCAGAACCAGCUUCAAGUUGGACCCAGGUGCGCCCGAGCCGCUUCGAGCCGAGCGAGGCUCUAUGCUCCUAACAUAGACGGUAGUUAGCCGAGUGCUGCAAAUGACUCGCGAAUGGGAGUUGGUUGGUAGUCAUAGGCCGACCAAGAAAUAGGCCAGUUGUGUGAGCUUAUUCGACCAUUAAGUACUGCAAUGCGUUCAUCCAUAAGUUGUACAAACGUGUUCGAGCGGUGAUCUCUAAGGUGGGACCAAACUGGGAUUCCGUGUAUUUAAGAGUGUGUUGUUUGCUGCUGAUAUUUCAAAGAAGCUGUGGUGUUCACGUUCCGUCUUCGUGUUGCCACCAUGGCUACAGGGUGUAACGAAAUUAUCCGGACAUCUUUCUUCGCGCGGUAAUUAAGAAGCAAGACAUUCUGAUAUUUUGCCUUUUGAAUUAUUAUAUAGCCACCUUUCAUAAGAGCGCAGGUACAAAUUUUUGGAGCAUUCCAGCCACUGAAUUUUCCAGCACAGUGGGUUUCAUAUAGAGUAGCGCCUUACUAACCUGUGCCCACAGUUGGGCGGCGCUGGUGGCGGGUGUCCCCUCAUUCAUCUCCUGAUGGACAAUAGUCCAUAAGAUAUCGAUGGAAUUGCAUGGGAACUAUUUCCAAACCAUAGCCCUUUAUCCCAGAAGAAAAAUAGGUCCUCUCGGCAUCACUUCUCAUUCUGCUAGGGACUUGAAGGUGGUGCGCCGCCCCGCAUGAAGACUGCGCGGCUUGAAUCAGGCAUCGGUACACGUUCAGAAACCGAGCCCUCCUGUGCCGUCUGGUUGAGUGGCUCCAACCAAUCGCUAGCCAGAAUGUUGCGCCGGUAAUACUCGUCACUGAUAGUGGUUUUCUGUGUCGUCAUGAACAGCUUGAAUAUUACACAGCAGCUGAACAUGCUCCAGGUCUGGAUUUUGGCCGGAUGUUUGACGCCGGCGACGGCCGGCACCUUCGAGCUGCUGGCAGCCCACACAUGGCCGAUUUGACGGCUCAACGGAUAUCGCAGCUCGAACAGCUUCCCAUCCGACCAGGUCACCUCAUUCAUGUCUUCCUUCGACCAGUGGACACGCCCUGGCCUGAGGCCAAAGGUGGUGAACUGGUUGUUUUCCCAUCAAUUUCAUUGUCUUUUCCAGUUUGAAGGGCAGUAAAACCAAGCUAAAGGGCGGGUAACGGUGAAUCAUGAUGUGGGCCUCUUAUUAUCUGCCUUGGUAAGAAUUCGAGUCAGUAUGCGGAUUAAUUGGUGCCGUUUCCUUGUCGCUAUCUUGACAACUCUCGUCACCACUUGGCAAAGGGCGCCUUUUGCGAUCGAGGCCGGGCUGAGUCUGCCACCAAGUCGCAGCUUAUUACGCCUCAGGCAGAUGUGCUACUGGCUGCUGCUGAUGUCCAGCUGCUGACAGACCAGCUUCUGGCUCAUGCCACCAUGCCACCAACACGUAGCCUUACUACGAAACGAGAGACUGUACUCCCUUCUCUCCACUGCCUUAAACGAAAACUAUCAUAUGAAACCGUCGGCGACUCGACUCUUACUCAGAGCAAGAGUCAUUUCGCAAGGUCAGGUCACUGCUGAGUUGAGAGCAGAUACCAGAGGUAUGCAUUCAUCCAAUUUUCCAGUUUCUGACAUUAAAAAAGAAACUGUGCGAGCAGAUAUGGCGAAAAAAUAGAUGUCCGGAUAAUUUCGUUACACCCUGUAUGUUUGGUGUUGUAAUGCUAGCGGCUACUGGCGCGUUUCGUGAAAGCUCUUCGAAAUGUGCGUCCCUAGAUGUCCAUUUGGAGAUUCUCCAUCAGUGCAGCCGUAAUGGCAAGCUCUUUAGUGCCGGUUUAAACUCGGGCUUGCUUUUCAAGUACAACCGAAAACUUAAAAAGCCAGUAGCCGCUAGCGCCAACGCGGCGAAAAGGCCGAUGCUUAGAUGUUGUGUAUGCUUGUAAAGGUAAGAUAUAUUGCCCACGAGGCAGCCAUGUUUGAAAGGGAGGCCUACUACGACCAAUCUGCGGUGUGGCAAGAAUAGGAGUCACCACGUAUGUAUUUCAUAGGCAAUAACGGUAGGUGACGCUGGCGUACAGCGCUGCAGCAGGGAUCGCGGAGGGGCCGCCCGAAUGAGCCAGGGACGGGACUCCGGUCGCCGCGCUGUCUUUCACAAGACAAUGACCGGGCAUUUAGCAGGCAUUCGACGUUGUGCGGGCGGGCGUUUUAGUGCAGAUGAUGUCUAUGUGAGGGCGGGUGUGUGUGGGACCAGAACGCUGCCGCAGUCUUUCAUUGUGCCUUUGCUGUCUGUGCGACAGCCCAGCGUGAGCCGCUGUUCCACUCGCAUGCUAGCCCCGACUGUAAAUACAACUCGGCCGAUGAGAAAAA